AAACCUGAAAAGCUUCCACCCUUUCUCCUUCCCCUUUUUCUUUGAACGGUCAACGCGCCAAGCUGCUUGGACUCUCCUCCUCCUUCCUCCUCCUUCUCCAAGGUCGUCUGCUUCGAUACAUCCGCAGGCUGGACGGAUCGGAGAGCCGAAAAAGCUCCGGCCUUUGCAUCCUCCGUCCUUCGGAUUCUGCGGAAUUCGACGAGGUCGAGGAGCGCGGCGCCGGUUCCCGGCUCGCCUUCGAGCCCGAUCUUCCGUUUCGGAGAGCGCAAUCUCGCUCGCUGACGGGGCCGAUUAGGAGUUCUGACAGUGGCAAUUUGCUUCGUUGAUCUAUGAGCUUAAUCGCCUGCUCCGACGACUUCCGCGACUGUUAAGUAUGCGAGCUGCUGGUGCUUUUUUUUUAUAUUUGGACAGGUGAUGAAGUGGGCGAUUUUGGUAUGACUUGUUGAUUCGGGAGGAUUUGGGUCGGCUGCGGGAUUUGUUCCUUUUUGUAUCAGUAGCUGGAUCUACGUGUUGUGUAUUUGUAAGCAGUUUCUGACUCAUGUUGACAGUAUGGUCGGUUCAAUCUUCUUGGGUUAGAGGGACCUCGGUCGUGCUCGGAAGCACUUCUUUAAUUAUAGAUUGAUGUGCUCCAACAGAUACUUUCAUCAUACAUGCGAGAGGGAAUCAUCAGAGGAUAUUGGCGCCAGAAACGGAAAUCUAGGAUAGGACAGGCCCAGUGAGACUUGGUGACAGAUUAUCACAUACAAUGAAACCUUUGGAAAAUGGGGAAUCUGAUUUGGAAGGUGGAAGGCUGGGAAAAGACAGAGAAAGAACAACAAGAAGUGGAAGGACAUUUAAAAUGCACAACCAGGCCUUGUUAUCUGGGCUUGCAUAUUGCAUAUCGUCCUGCAGCAUGAUCCUGGUCAACAAGUUUGUACUCUCCAGCUAUGAUUUCAAUGCAGGCAUAUCAUUGAUGCUAUACCAGAAUCUUAUCUCAGUUAUCAUUGUGUCUACAUUGACCCUUUUUGGUGUGAUAUCGACAGAACCGCUGACUUUAAAAUUGAUUAAGGUCUGGUUGCCCGUGAACGUAAUAUUUGUUGGAAUGCUUGUUACAAGCAUGUUUAGCUUAAAGUACAUAAAUGUUGCCAUGGUUACUGUCCUGAAGAAUGUUACGAAUGUGAUUACAGCAGUUGGGGAGAUGUACCUAUUUAAUAAGCAUCAUGAUAAUAGAGUUUGGGCUGCCUUGUUCUUGAUGAUCAUUUCAGCAAUUUCUGGAGGGAUUACCGAUUUAUCUUUCCAUGCAAUUGGCUAUGCAUGGCAGAUUACUAAUUGUUUCUUAACAGCGUCAUAUUCGCUAACACUGCGUAGAGUCAUGGACACAGCAAAGCAAGUCACAAAAUCUGGAAAUUUGAAUGAGUUCUCUAUGGUCCUUCUAAACAAUACCCUCUCUUUGCCCCUUGGAGUUAUUCUUAUAUGUGUUUUCAAUGAGGUGGACUAUCUGAUGACAACGCCUCUUUUAAGGUUACCAACCUUUUGGUUGGUGAUGACAUUUAGUGGGAUUCUUGGGUUGGCUAUAAGCUUUACUUCUAUGUGGUUUCUUCAUCAAACAGGGGCCACCACGUACAGCCUUGUAGGUUCAUUGAAUAAGAUCCCAUUGUCUAUUGCCGGCAUCUUCCUAUUCAAAGUACCGACUAGUUUGGAAAACUCUGCUAGCAUCCUCUUUGGUCUUUUGGCUGGAGUGUUUUUUGCCAGAGCGAAAAUUCGGGAGAGAUCAUAAUUCCGAGUUGUUAAUCAAACACUUGUUGCGUGGCUAUUCUACUUUUUUCGCACACCAAAGAUCAUCAUUGCUGCUUUACACUUUGGUGAGAGGGAAAUUAACUACACUCCACUGCUCAUCAGCUCAAUUUCUUCCUGUUGCUGAGGCUUUGUGCUCUCCUUCCCUUUGCUUGAAAGAGAGGAAUUUUGUGGGCUUGGUCAGUCUGGAUCUUCUCUGUUGUAUUCCGAAAGAGGUUACUCGCUGAUUGUUGUAUUAGGAAAUGUAUCAGAUCUAUACUGUGUUGCUCGAGAGUGACUUUCAUCUUGGCUGUAUUGAUGAAGAGAGCAACUUGGCUAGCAAUAGCAAUGUAGCAGAAAGCAGACCUUGCCUUGUACAUCUUUGCAACAAUUGUUUCUGCUGUUUGGUGAAAUUUCAUGUAGAAACCGCUCAACAGAGAAAUGGAAGCAUGACAUGAUCAUUAUUAAUUUCUUUA